AGCACGAAAAGUGCAAGUCAUCGUGCGAGUGUACAUGUGUGGUCUGGCUCGUCACGAGUGAUACAAGAUACUCAGGACCUCAUCAUGACUGAGCAAAAAUUUAGUUCGCGUGUAUAAAGCGCAGCGCGGGAAGAAGUCUGGUUGAUUCAGAGCUAGGGAGAGCUUGAAGCCUGACCUUGAUUAGCAUAAUAGUACCCUGACACUCAAUACCUCAGGUAACGCUGAACGGUUACACUGUAGGUGCUCCAGGGGCAAGUCGCAUCUGAGUCAACUAGAAAUCGAAAAGUGAAACAACAUGGGAUCAGGUCCAUCCUUGCUGCAACGUGAGGACAUCCACGUUGUGAUUGUGGGAGGAGGCUAUGCUGGCAUUCAGCUUGCCAAAAACCUGCAGAAAAAGGCUAGGGUGACCCUGAUUGACCCCAAGGAAAUGCUUUACCACAAUAUUGGGGCUGUGAGGUCCUGUACUGAACCAGGCUUUGCUAAGAGGAUCCUGAUGCCGUACGCCCCAACUUUUGGCCAGAACUUCAAGCAAGGCACUGUUACUGCGAUCAACGCUGCGGAGAAGACAGUUGUCCUUGCCAGCGGUGAAACGGUCAAGUACAGCCACCUUGUGUUGGCGACGGGCUCCACAGGUCCCUUCCCUGGAAAAUCGCCGGACGAACUGACUUCAAUCGCAGAAGUCACGGAGAAAAGCGAAGCAGUUCUCAAGCUGGUGCAAGCAGCAAAGAAUAUUGUCAUCAUAGGAGGAGGGGCUGUAGGGACAGAGAUAGCAGGAGAGAUAGCUACUGACUACAAGGACAAAGAGGUGACAUUAAUCCAUCCUCAUGACAAACUGGUGAGUGGUGAAUCCAGCGAUGCCUUUCAGAAGAGAUUAAAGGAGAUCCUGCAGGAGUUGGGUGUCAAGCUGGUGUUGGGUGAAAGAGUAACAAACCUAGACGCACUGCCAACAGACAGAGUGGAGACAGCUACAGUAACCACAGACAAGGGGACAGAGAUAUCAGCUGACCUGGUCAUCCCAUGUACUGGACUGAAGGUCAACAGCAUGGCCUAUAAGGACAGUCUGGCCUCAAGUAUGGAAGACAAUGGCAGCCUAAAGGUCAACAACUUCUUUGAGGUGCAGGGGACAGAAGGGAUCUAUGCCAUCGGAGACUGCAGCAACAUCCCUGAGACUAAGAUGGCCUACAGAGCAUCCAUGCAUUCAGAUCUGCUGGCUAAAAACAUCCUGGCUCAGGAAACUGGAGGGACCAAGAAGGAGUACAAGCCAGACCCUUUCAUCAUGGUAGUGUCUGUUGGUCGUAAGGCUGCGAUAGGACAGAAGGGCACAUCUCUCCUGCCUGAAUUUGUGGUCAGGAUGAUGAAGGCCAGGGACAUGAUGACUGGCAAAUUCUGGAAGGAGAUGGGACAGAAACCCCCUCGUUAGAUCCCAAAAAUAGUUUCAUCCGGUUGGUAGAACUCAGGAUAUUGGGAUUCCUUCUUUUUCACAACUAGGAAUGUCUCUUACCUUGCUUACAUUUUAGUGUCUAUCAGAAGCUCUGAGGAAGGUGUCUGGUAGACAUGGAAAUGUAAGAAAGAGACAUUACUUUUUGUGAAAAAGGAAAUCCCCAAAUCUGAUCACCCCCUUGUCAGACGUUGCAUGAGCAAAAACUAUUCUUGCCUUCUUGUGGUAUUUAGUUAACUGUUGCAACUGACCAGUGUUCUUCUGUAUGAUAUGUCUAUUCCACAGAUGUUCUAGUUAAAUGUUUUGUGGUAUUUGGUAUUUCUAUGUUAUCAGGGUACACAUUAAUAUCUAAAUGUCAGGGUACAUAUCAUAUUUAAAUGUCUGAGGUACUAGUAAGCUUUAAUUGUUGAUAAAGUUGAGUUGGUUAGAAUACAGGUGUAACAGACAGACGGACACACACACACACACACACACACACACACGCACACACGCACACACACACACACACACACACACACACACACACACACACACACACACACAUUAUCAACACACACUGUGAUGAAAAGACCUGGAGAUGAUUGCUGUGUCAUGGACCCCUGCAGCAGUAUAAUCUAAUUAUUAUAUUGGAUACUGCUAUGUACUAAUACAUGCACACACGUGCACAAGGCAUGUAAAAUACAUGGAGGUUUGGAGAAAGUCUGAUAUGGAGAAAGUCUGAUAUAGAAUCCAUAACUGCAUCUACAUGUA